AUGUUUAUAUCAUUUAUAUCCGUAAAUUUCAUCUCAUUCAUAUACAUUAUACUCAUCAAUAUAACACUUUUAUUUAUAACACCUGCUAAUGCUGGAACUGAAUUCAAUUGUCCAAGCAAUGCAAAUACUGCUUCAGAUACCGAAUAUAUCGUAAUUCUCCAAACAAAUUCUCAGGACGAAGCAAAUUCAAUAUUCGAUAUUAUCGGUCAAUGUCUUGGAAUAUCUGUUGCAUCACUCGAUCCGUAUGAAGAUAUGGCAAAAGAAUGUGCUAAUCCUGCAAAUCUUAAUAUACCUUCGGAAAUUCCUAGUACAACAAGUUCUAACAAAUCUUUUAGAAAUCUUAGUAUUCCUGGUGGUUUUUACGCAUUUAGUGGAUAUUAUAGUUCAGAUUUUGUCAAUGCAUUAUCGGAUUGGGAUGCUGUUUAUCAAGUUAAUCCAGCUGUAGUCAUGAAUGCUAGUAGUCCAAUCAAUUUUAAUUUGCAGCGAAGAGCAACUCAAGAUAGUCCUGUUUGGAAUCUUGAUAGAAUUGAUCAAAAAAACCGUCCUUUGAAUAAUGAAUAUAUUUAUCCAGAUUGUGCAGGUGAUGAUAUAGUAAUUUAUAUAGUUGAUACUGGCAUUGACAUUACACACCCAGAAUUUGAAGGUAGAGCAGAAUAUGGAAAAUCUGUAUGUAGUGGCUGUCCACCAUGCCCUUAUGAUGAUCAUGGGCAUGGAACACAUGUUGCAGGAAUUGCUGGAUCACAUACAUAUGGCGUUGCCAAGAAAUCUACUCUCAUUGCAGUUAAAGUGUUAAAUAUGGAUGGAUCCGGCACUGAUUCAGAUAUAAUUACAGGUCUUCAAUUCGUAUACGAAGAUUAUCAAAAAAGAAAGAAAUCAUCAAUUGUGAACAUGUCACUUGGAGGUGGUAAAUCUGAUGCACUAAAUUUGGCAGUACAAGCCAUUACUGGUUCUGGAAUUCAUGUAGUCGUGGCUGCAGGAAAUAGUAAAGGCGAUGCAUGCAAUUCUUCACCUUCUUCAGCCCCUUCAGCUAUUGCUGUGGGUGCUGUUCAAAACACCAGCGAUGAUGCACUUUCAAGUUAUUCUAAUUUUGGUUCUUGCGUUCCAAUAUAUGCUCCAGGAGAUAAUGUGCUAUCGACAUAUGUUGAAAAUAUAUUAGAUUCCACUACUGCAACUCUAUCAGGAACUAGUAUGGCUUCUCCGCAUGUGGCUGGCGCUAUUGCUUUAUUUCUAUGUGAUUAUGGAAAAGAUAUAUCACCUUCUGAUAUGCUUACCCGUUUGAAUUCUACUUGUAGUAAAAAUCUUAUUGGGAAUCUUGCUCCUAGUGGCAAUUAUAGUUGUCUUUUGAAGACUCCACCUACUGAUGGAUAG